UUAAAAAGGUAGCCAAAGCGAUCAACUUUUGUCAUAUCUACAAAGCAAAGUAUGUAGGAAGUAUUAGUCCAAGGUCUUAAUAAUGCUGAUCCAGAACUCAGAAGACUUUGAAAUAAAAGUGUGCAAUCUAGGUUUUGCAGAGUAUUACCUAGGCCUUUACCAGGAGAAUCUGUUGCCUCUGAACAACUUGGUUUACCUCCCUCCAGAGGUACUGCAAGGAAGCCAUGAAGAGAUGGAUUUUGGCACCGAUGUAUACCAAUUAGGGCUGCUAGCUUACAUUCUUAUGUGCAAUAGGAUGCCUUUUAGGAUUAAAAAUAUUCGAGAAUUUGCUAAAACUAUUGGUAAAACACUCAAAUUUCCUCCAAAAGUAUGAAUUAGUAGUGAGUGCAAAGAUUUAAUCGAGAAAAUGCUGUGCAGCAGUCUUCUUCAUAGAAUUCAGAUGUCAGAGAUUAUUCAUCACAGAUGGCUCUGGGCAUCUGAACAUGAACUCAAGCAGUCUCAGAACAGGGCUAUGUUUCACAAAUUUGUCAAGAAUAAGGAGUUUGAGGAAGAGCUGAAGAGACAAACACUAGAUCAGUCUCCAUUAUGUUUCAAAAAGAUUAGUAUAAUGGACAUAAAAUAACCUUAUUGUAAAGAAAAAUAGAGAUUAUGACCUUUUACUUAAGAAGAACAGAUUUAAAGAAAGAUUUUGUAGAAAUAACUUUUACAUCCAACACAAGCAGAGAGGGUCUCUUACAAAUAGGAGGAGGAAGCACGCAUCUAAAUCAGUAGUCUCUCUACAUGCUAGUCAAGGGGAUGUACUCGAUCUUUCUUCGCAGACGUAUGACAACAGGGGUAAGAAUUAUUCAAUACAAGAAUACUCUUUUGCAAAUGUUAAUCCUACUGGAGCUGGAGUUGAAGCACAGAUUGGCACUAAGCUGUUUCGACACAAGAUAGUUGCCAGUCAGAUUGAAAAUUUUCUGUCUGAUAAACGAAUUAAAGCCCAAUCUGUUAGGAAUAGCAUCGAGGCUAAGCAGCAAAAAUGAGUUUCCCAGAGAGGAAAUAACCAGUAUGAUGAUCAUAGUGACUACCCUUCCUACUUUAGGACCAAAAGAGGUUCUCCUCAAAAGGGAGGGAAAAGCUAUCUUGGUGAUAGCUACCAAGAGACUACCUCAUCUGCUACGAAGCUACCUCCUUCGAUUAGUUUCAAGAAUAAGGUUAAGAUCAAGCCUCAUAGCAGAAGUGUAAAUACUAAGGCUGUAAGUGUAGCUACAUCUCCAGUCGCUUCUCCUAAAAAGCAGACUGUUCUUUCCAAGCAUAGCCCUGAAAGGGACCAAAAUAGAAGAGGGAAUAAGAGGAAGCAGUUGUCGAUGGCUAAACCUAAAGUUGCUCUCCCUCAGAUUAGCAGAAUCAGGACUAUUAAACAGAUGGGGAAUUCAGGUUUUCACAAACAGUUUAACUCGGACUUAAUAUAAUUCAAUGUCUGCUUUAA